UUUCAAACUUAAACAUGGACUCAGACUCUUCAAAAUCCCCAAAACCCCUUCGCAACAAAGUCCAUAACCUCAAUAAAGCCGUAUCCUUUGAAGAGACCAAAUAAAUCCCUCGAAAGGACAAAAUCCCUCAUCCACACCUUCAACAACGAAUCCUUCAACCAACCCACCUCCCCCAACAACCCUGGUCACUACCAAUCACACACCUUCAAAGACUUCUCACCCAAUCUACGCUCUUCAGGCCUAGUAGACCCCCACCGCUGUCCUCUAAACUCCUCUCAAAACCUAAAAUUCUCCCCAUUCCAUAAAUCCUCUCCGACUACUGCAGAAAAAGACAGGAUGCACUACAUUGAAGAGAACUACGCCAAGUUCAAAGAGCUUAACAGUGCAAGAAUUCAAAAAGGAUUCAUCAUUAUUAACAAAGUCUUCGAUGAACUUGAUUUUUUGAAAUAAGAGCCUCAACCAGUACAAGGAAAAUAUUGAACUCAGAAGAGCCAUUAUGGCUGAUAUACAUAUAGAAGAAGAGGACGAGGAAAAUAAGAGAAAAGGCGAUAUCGUUUUCGCAUCCCCAUGCGUACCUGAUAGAAGAAGGAAUACAUCAAAUAAGAGGAAGAGAAGGAAUAGGAGUAAGAAAAGUAGAUCCAAUAGCAGAAAUUUGAGGUCUAUCCAGACCCAAGCGGAAGAAAAUAUGUUCAGUAAGUACAGACUGGGUGAUUUUGUAGGUAUUGAGCAAAAGGAAGGAACGUCUAUUUUCAAUAAUAGCGGAAUGGUCGAUCUGAAAUCCAUAAAAUAUUCUGAUGGCUAUGGUAAACUUGUCCUUGAAUUGAAGGAGAAGACACUCACUGGCCUGAAUGAAGAUAUUUACAAUCUUGGAACCUUUGAUCAAAUUCUGACAAAAAUUGAAACUCAAUGCUGGGUUCUGAAGGAUUCAUUUUAUCAAAGUAAUAAAGAACUACGAAAAACUCUUUUUCAGCCCAAUACAGAAGAGUAUCUCAAAGAGACCAAUGAGCUUAAAGUUUUAGAAGCUUACAAAUCAUCCCAAAAAGUAGGUGAAGUCUAUGAAAGACAAAUAAAAUGGCUCAAAUUGCAGCGUGAAAAAUUACUUCGUGAAAAUGAUGAAAUUACAAAGAAAUAUAAAGAACUCAAGAAAGCUCAUAAAGUAACAAACCUUAGCUGGGAACGAUUACAAGAAGAGAACAGUCAACUCGUCAAAGGAAUCAGAGAGAUAGAAGCAGACUUCAUCAGAUCAAAAGCAAAGGAAUCUGAAGAUAUCCUAUCAAAAGAGGAGUCAAAACACCAAUCAAAAGAUGAAAAUCAUCCCCCAAACCUCCAAAAAGACAGCGUCCAAGACGUAAUCGACAAAAUAAACGACAUUAUCGACUCUGACUCCGAAAUGGGCCAAAGUAAAUCAUCAGAAUACUACAAACAAGAGAUCAGCAACCUGAACAAAAUAAUAGACACCCUCAUGACCAGGCUGAACCCAAAUUCUCCCGAAGGAAGUGCCUAA